GCUUGGAAGUGGGCAGCCUGGAAGUCACUCGGGCCACUGGAGCUGGCGGCGUCUCUAGCGAGGCGCGCGGUGCCGGACGCCGCGGUCGAGGAGCCCGCGGGGCGUACAGCCCGGACGGCUAGGUGCAUCCUUGACCUGGGCUCUCGUGAGACCUGAAAGGCACGCUAGUGUCCAGGGCAUACUGAGCAUGGCUGAGAAGAUGCCUACACCACCCACAGGCCAUGGCCUGCAGCCAUUGCUCUUUCUGCCCUGCUGAGCCAUUGCAUCUGGAGCCCCCUGGAUGAAACCUGCCUCCUGACGUCACACUUGUGCUGCUGUCUACAGCGAUGGUGAAGGACUGGACUCUACAGGCUCACAACCUUCAAGUGCACUUUCGAGGGCCAGCACCCUUUGUCCUAGGACUGGCGGGCCUGAACAAUGGCUGAGGGCCAGGGGACCCCAUAGAGUUGUACCACGACUUCAGGGACAGCAGCACUCCAGUGCCCGAGGACUAUGACCACCUAUCGACCUCUUCCUAAUGAUGGUGUGGACCUGGCAGCCAGCUGUGGGGCCAGGGGCACCGAUAUCCUCCCUGGGCCCCACCCUGGGGACUACACUCCCAUGGGAUUCUGGGCCCAGAACGGCAGCAUGUCCCAGCCUCUUGGUGAGAGCCCAGCCAUUGCCACCACCCGCCCUAGCCCCACCACCCCUGCGAUGCCCAAGAUGGGUGUGCGUGCCAGAGUGGCUGAUUGGCCACCCAAGCGAGAAGCCUUGAGAGAGCAGAGCAAUCCCAGCCCCUCACAGGACACAGAUGGUGUGAAGUCCACCAAAGUGACCCAUUCCAUGAGAAACUUACAGAAUGGACAGCUCCCUUCCAGCACCCCAGCUGCCUCAGGGUCCAGAGCCUUCCAUCGACUCUCCAGGAGGAGGUCUAAAGAUGUAGAAUUCCAGGAUGGGUGGCCCCGGUCCCCUGGCCGGGCCUUCCUCCCUCUGCGACAUCGAAGCAGUAGCGAGAUCACCCUCAGUGAGUGUGACGUGGAGGAACCUGGAGAGUCACGGGGAACCCGGCACCCAGGGGUGCUGCCGCUCUUCCGAGAGUAUGGCAGCACAUCCUCCAUCGACGUGCAGGGUGUGCCAGAGCAGAGUUUCUUCGACAUUCUCAAUGAGUUCCGCAGUGAGCAGCCAGAGGCUCGCGGCUCCCAGAACCUCAGUGAGCUCCUGCGGGUGGGUCCUGGCACCCUUCUCCCAGGAGGCAGCUGUGGAACCAAGGGAGACCCCCGCAAUGGCCAGCCUGCCAAAGAUAGUCUCCAGACUCUGCAGCCUCUCAAGGAAAAGGAGAAGGCCCGGAAGAAACCUGCGUGGGGCCUGGGCAGUGGGGACACUGUGGACUCGUCCAUCUUCAGGAAACUGAGGAGCAGUAAACCUGAGGGGGAGGUGGGGCGGCCUCUGGGAGAGACUGAGGAGGGCCGAAGCCCCCCAGAAGCCAGCAGACCAUGGGUCUGCCAGAAGAGCUUUGCCCAUUUUGACGUGCAGAGCCUGCUGUUCGACCUCAACGAGGCAGCUGCCAACAGGGUGUCGGUGGCCCAGAGGCGCAACACCACCACAGGGGCCUCGGCGGCCUCAGCGGCCUCGGCCAUGGUGACCCUCACAGCAUCACGGGCCCACAGCCUGGGGACGCUGGACCCAGCCUUCACCAGCACGGAGGAUUUGAACUGCAAAGAGAACCUGGAGCAGGACCUGGGGGAUGACAAUAGCAAUGACCUUCUGCUUAGCUGCCCACACUUCCGCAAUGAGAUCGGUGGGGAGCGAGAGCGCAAUGUCAGCUUCUCCCGGGCCUCCUUGGGUUCCCCGGGGGGCAGCAGCGAAGCCCACAUAGCGGAGCCCACCCUGAGCACCCACCGCACAAAUGCCAGCAUCUCAGUGCUGGAGGUGCCCAAGGAGCAGCAAAGGACACAGAGCCGGCCCAGGCAGUACAGCAUCGAGCACGUGGACCUGGGUGCUCGUUACUACCAGGACUACUUUGUGGGCAAAGAGCACGCCAAUUACUUCGGCGUGGAUGAAAAGCUGGGGCCCGUGGCGGUGAGCAUCAAGCGGGAGAAGCUAGAGGAUCAUAAGGACCACGGACCUCAGUACCAGUAUAGGAUCAUCUUCCGGACUCGAGAGCUCAUCACGCUUCGGGGCUCCAUUCUAGAGGAUGCCACACCUACAGCCACCAAGCACGGGACAGGGCGGGGCCUGCCCCUGAAGGACGCACUGGAAUAUGUCAUCCCAGAGCUCAACAUCCAUUGCUUGCGACUGGCUCUCAACACUCCCAAAGUCACAGAGCAGCUGCUGAAGCUCGAUGAGCAAGGGCUGUGCCGCAAGCACAAGGUUGGCAUCCUGUACUGCAAGGCAGGCCAGAGCUCGGAAGAGGAGAUGUACAACAAUGAGGAGGCUGGGCCUGCCUUUGAGGAGUUCCUGGACCUCCUGGGUGAGAAGGUCUGUCUGAAGGGCUUCACCAAGUACGCCGCCCAGCUGGAUGUCAAGACGGACUCCACAGGGACCCACUCUCUCUACACGACAUACCAGGACUACGAGAUCAUGUUCCACGUUUCCACCCUGCUCCCUUACACCCCCAACAACAGGCAGCAGCUGCUGAGGAAGAGGCACAUAGGGAAUGACAUCGUGACGAUCAUCUUCCAGGAGCCAGGAGCGUUGCCUUUCACCCCCAAGAACAUCCGCUCGCACUUCCAGCACGUCUUCAUCAUCGUCCGAGUCCACAAUCCCUGCACUGAGAAUGUCUGCUAUAGCAUGGCUGUGACCCGAUCCAAAGACGCUCCUCCUUUUGGUCCCCCGAUCCCCAAUGGAACCACAUUCCGAAAGUCUGAUGUCUUCAGAGACUUUUUGCUAGCCAAGGUAAUUAAUGCUGAGAACGCUGCACACAAAUCUGACAAAUUCCACACGAUGGCCACCAGAACCCGUCAGGAGUACCUUAAGGACCUGGCUGAAAGCUGUGUCUCCAACACCCCCAUUGACUCCUCCGGCAAGUUCACCCUCAUCUCCCUGACCUCCAAGAAGAAGGAGAAGACGAAGGCCAGGGCAGGAGCGGAGCAGCACAGUGCUGGGGCCAUUGCCUGGCGUGUGGCAGCUCAGGACUACGCCCAGGGAGUGGAGAUCGACUGCAUUUUGGGGAUUUCCAAUGAGUUUGUAGUGCUCCUGGACCUGCGUACCAAGGAGGUGGUUUUCAACUGCUACUGUGGGGACGUCAUUGGCUGGACCCCAGACUCCUCCACACUGAAGAUAUUCUAUGGCCGAGGGGACCACAUCUUCCUGCAGGCUGCAGAGGGCUCUGAGGAGGACAUCAGGGACAUUGUCCAGAGGCUGAAGGUGAUGACCAACGGCUGGGAAACCGUGGAUAUGACCCUGCGGCGGAAUGGGCUGGGGCAGCUGGGCUUCCAUGUGAAGUACGAUGGGACAGUGGCUGAAGUGGAGGACUAUGGGUUUGCCUGGCAGGCUGGCCUCCGGCAAGGCAGCCGACUGGUAGAGAUCUGCAAGGUGGCUGUGGUGACACUGAGCCAUGACCAGAUGAUUGACCUGCUGCGCACCUCCGUCACCGUGAAGGUGGUCAUCAUCCCGCCUUUUGAAGACGGCACUCCCCGACGGGGGUGGCCAGAGACCUACGAUAUGAAUACUUCGGAGCCCAAGACGGAGUCGGAGACCACCACCUCUGGGGGCCGGCCCCCCUACCGCAGCAAUGCUUCCUGGCAGUGGAGCGGGCCUGCCUCCCACAACUCUCUGCCGGCCACCAAGUGGAGCACCCCUGCCACGCCCGGCCAUGCCCAGUCCCUCAGCCGACUCCCGAAGCAGACACCAAUGGUCCCCUUCCGUGAGUCCCAGCCACUGCACAGCAAGAGGCCUGUCAGCUUCCCAGAAACACCUUUCGCGGCAUCACCAGCAGGGGCCGACAGAGUUCCUCCCUACCGACAGCCUUCUGGGAGUUUCUCCACCCCAGGCUCUGCCACCUACGCAAGAUACAAGCCGUCUCCAGAAAGGUACGCGGCCGCCCCGCACCCGCUACUGUCAUUCGACCCUCACUUUAUGCACGAUGGCAUGUCCAGCGGCGACUCCUCUUCAGGUGGCCUGACUAGCCAAGAGAGCACCAUGGAGCGCCCAAAACCAGAGCCUCUGUGGCACGUGCCGGCCCAGGCCCGGCUCUCGGCCAUAACUGGAAACAGUGGCAGCAAGCACCCCUCCAGGCAGGACGCGGCUGGCAAAGAUUCUCCCAACAGGCAUUCCAAAGGUGAACCUCAGUACUCAAGCCAUUCCAGCAGCAAUACCCUCUCCAGCAAUGCCUCCAGCAGCCACAGUGAUGACCGAUGGUUCGACCCUCUGGACCCCCUAGAGCCAGAGCAGGACCCCUUCUCCAAGGGCGGCUCCAGUGACAGUGGCAUUGACACCACACUCUACACCUCCAGCCCCAGUUGUAUGUCCUUGGCCAAAGCACCUAGGCCUGGCAAGCCACACAAACCUCCUGGAAGUAUAGGCCUUUGUGGCGGGGGCCGGGAGGCCGCCGGAAGACCCCACCCUGCAGACCGACGGCGGGAAGUCUCCCCUGCACCUGUAGUCGCUGGCCAGAACAAGGGCUACCGGCCAAAGCUGUACUCCUCAGGCUCCAGUACCCCUCCAGGCCUGGUCGGGGGCAGCCGAGACCCACCAAGGCAACCCAGUGACAUGGGCUCCAGGGCUGGCUACCCCGCUCAGGUUUACAAAACAGCCAGUGCAGAGACUCCCCGGCCCUCCCAGCUCACUCAGUGCAGCCCCUUCCAGCUCUCCACGUCCGUCCCCAAGUCCUUCUUCUCCAAGCAGCCUGCGCACAACAAGCAUCCAGCCGGAUGGAAGAGAACAGACGAGCCCCCACCACGGCCACUCCCCUUUGUCGACACUAAGAAGCAGGUGGACACCAGCGCUAAGAAUGUCUUUGGUCAGCCUCGGCUGAGGGCAUCCCUGCGAGACCUCCGGUCCCCACGGAAGAACUACAAGUCAACCAUAGAGGAUGAUCUGAAGAAGCUCAUCAUCAUGGACAACCUGGGGCCAGAGCAGGAUCGGGACACAGGGCAGUCCCCGCAGAAGAGCCUGCAGCGGACACUGUCGGAUGAGAGCCUGUGCAGCGGGCGCCGGGAGCCCAGCUUUGCCAGCCCGGCCAGCCUGGAGCCUGGCCUGCCCAGCGAUGUGCUCUUCACCAGCACCUGCGCCUUCCCCUCCAGCACACUGCCCGCCCGCCGCCAGCACCAGCACCCCCACCCACCCAGCGGGGCACCCAGUACCAUUCCAGCCACUGGCAAUGGCUUCCCAGAGAAGAAAUCGGCCAUCUCAACCUCGGAGCUCUCACUGGUUGACGGACGGGACCGGCCCCUGCGACGGCUUGACCCUGGAAUGAUGCCACUACCAGAUACGGCUACUGGCCUUGAGUGGUCCAGCCUCGUGAACGCUGCCAAGGCCUACGAAGUGCAACGGGCCGUCUCACUCUUCUCUCUAAAUGACCCAGCCCUGAGCCCAGAUGUCCCUCCUGCACACAGUCCUGUCCACAGCCACCUGAGCUUGGAGCGGGGCCCCCAGACUCCUAGGACAACCCCCACCAUGAGUGAGGAGCCACCCCUGGACCUGACAGGCAAGGUGUACCAGCUGGAGGCCAUGCUGAAGCAACUGCACACAGACCUUCAGAAGGAGAGGCAGGACAAGGUGGUGCUGCAGUCGGAGGUGGCCAGCCUUCGGCAGAACAACCAGAGAUUGCAGGAGGAAUCGCAGGCCGCCAGUGAGCAACUCCGCAAGUUCGCAGAGCUCUUCAGCAGGGAGAAGAAAGAACUCUGAGGCCCCUGGGCUCAGCCCCUGGGCCUCCCCUGGCUGGCAGGCAGUGGGCUUCUGGUUGCAGGGUGACGGGUCAUCCAGCCACAGCCCCGCACCCACGGCUCCGCCCCGCAACUCAGGAGCCCCAGGCGCAAUGAGCCAGCUUGGCUGGCCUCAGGCCCUUCUCAGCUGCUCCCUGUGGCCCCGCAGGCCUUGUAGCCUGUUCCUAGGACCCAGCUGCCUGGAGCUGUGAUAGUGGGAGGGGUCCAGGAGCCCCUGCAUGAGAACUGUGGAACAGAAUGGGCCCUUUCAUCCCCCACUCCCUGAUGGUCCAGGGCUCCUCUCUCCCUCCCCAGUGCGCUGGCCCCAGACAGCAUGGACAUCACCCUGAGUCUCCCUUCCAUACAGAAACCAGGAGCACUUUCAUAGAGUUUAAAUUAUUUUCCUGGGGCCCCAGAAUGGACAGGAACCCCUAGCAUCCAGAUCCACUCCUUUGAGAAACCCUGUUUGUACAGUUAAGACUGUUUCUACGAUCUUUUUCUACCAGCUCCUCUCCAGCAGCCACAGGCUCCUCUGCCUUCAGCUACUGAUCCGGCGGCCAGCCGUGGGCUCCUCCCCUAGCACAACUAGGCCAUUGCCUCCCACCCCAGAGGCAGCAAGGAGCCCCAGGGCAGGGCUGAAGCACAGCCUUCACCUGUCUGGCCCUCUUUUCUUUUUCAAGUCUCCCUGGCCACACUCCAGCCCCAGCGGCCACCAGACACACUCACUGUGCUCCCCGGGGAGCACUCAGUGCAACCCCCAGAGACGCUGAUUCUCCAAAGGCAAUAAGGGGCAGCUCAGUCUGGGUCUAUGCUGCUCACCCAGGAAACACAAAUUCCCCUUUCUUUCUUCUUUAAAAACAAACAGAAAAGAAUAUAUAUAUAUAUUUAUUUUUUCAUGUAGAGUUGUGCCAGAACAAGUUUGAAUGGCCACGAUCUGUGGAUUCCCCAACCCCAGGGUCAAGACAUGUCCCCACGGACUGGGGGUCAGUGUGAGGACCCAGAGGGAUGUGGGGGUGGCAGACAGGGAGAAGUCGGCAGCAUGGAUUGGACCCAGAGCUUCCUGGUCCAGCCCUUAGCCCAGGACCCUUCACCUCUUUGGGCCCAUGACCUCUUGGGAAGGGCUCUGAGACCACACACGACAGGCACUCCACUCCAGACGUGCCAGGCUGGAGGGCAGACGGGUACCCACAGCUCCCUAUGACCCGCCUCUGGCCCUGGGGAACCCUGGGUUAUGAGGGAGCAGCCUGCCAUGUCCUUCACCCUCCGUGGGUUGAUAGUGGCAGACCAGGGUACCCAGUGUCCUCAGCCCUGGCCAACUACUGUGAUGUCCCUCUCCUCCUGAUCCCCUUCUAAAGGGUUCUCCAGCCCUGCCCCUCCCCCUUCCCUCCGACCCCGACCUGGAGCCUGCCCCCCCCCACUCCUUCCUUCAUCUGUCUCUUUAGUGUGUCUCCUCACAUCUUCAGAUCAUUCGAAUCAUUUUGGGGACCUAAUCAUGUACAUUGACAAUUGUAAAUUAUAAUUUUUGGUUUUGUUCUAUUAUUUUUGUAAGAAUUUCUGCAAAAAAAACAACUAUUUAAUUGAGGUUGAUGUUCUGUCUGAUGGCUGGAGAUAGCAGCAGGCUUUCUUUUCCCACGUUGAUUUGUUCCAUUUGGAUUUUUUAUCAUUCUUUAUUGUUCCCUGCCAUCCCUGUCUUGAGAUUUCUGGCAUGUUUCAGGAGCUUUCAAAGGAAAUAAACAUUUCAUAGAAA